AUGUAUUUAGCCGCGCAGAGCCAGGACUGGUUCCCCACGAGCGUCCAGGUGACGGCGCUUCAAGCGCGAGGCCUCAGGAUAAAGGGCAAAAACGGCACCAACGACGCGUACGCGAUGAUGCAGGUGGCCAAGGAUAAAUACUGCACCUCGGUGGCGGAGAAAAGCGUGGCGCCCGUGUGGAGGGAGGAGGCCACUUUCGACCUGCCGCCGUCCCACCGGGGAGACGCGGAGCGGUGCACGCUGCGCGUUCACGUCAUGCACCGGGCGCUCGUGGGCCCCGACAAGCUCCUCGGGCAAGCCGCCGUUCACCUGCUGGAGCUCGACCGAGUUAAAUCCGCCGGCAAGUCGGAAUGGUUUAAGUUGCUGAGCAAAGCUGGCAAGCCAGACAAAGACAGAGGGGAAGUGCUUUUGGACAUCCAGUUCAUGAGGAACAACAUGACUGCCAGCAUGUUUGACCUAUCCGCUGCCGGAAAACCCCGAUCUCGCCUGGGCAAAUUCAAAGACAGAGUUCGUGGCAAAAAGAAAGAGGGCCUCUCUGACACGACUUCCGUUGUGUUGCCAACAUUGUCACAGGUUUUGACAGACAGCGAGGAUGAGAGAGAUCGGGAUGGGUAUUGUGAGGGCAUUGCCGAAAAGGAAGAGAAGAAAAAGCACAAGCUGAAGAAUUUGUUUUCUCCUAAGUCUAACCUGCAGCGCAACAUGUCUCAGUCGAUGUCUGUUCUCGGCUCGCUGCCUCAGAAGAAUUCUCUUAGCAGCAGCCACGUCUCUGGUCUCAAUGCAGAGCCCACUGAAGUUAAAAAGAAGUUUAAACUGAAGCUACACAAUCACUCAAGCAACUCAGACACCAGUAGUUCCCAAGGACUCUUCCAUAUUCUAGGGUACCCAAAACAGGGCCCCUCUCCAGCAGCAGAGCAAAGUAACUUGUGCAUUAAUGGAAGUCAUAUAUAUUGUGAGGAGCCCAGGCCUAGGAGCUCUACUUUCAGCUUACCCAGCGUGGACCAUCCCUCCAUGGAGGACAUUCAUAAAAGGCAAACUUUCGAGAGCUCUGCCACUUCAUCUAAUUCCUUUGGAGCGUUAGAUCAACAAUUAACAUCAACAGAGGAAGAGGAUGGCAGCAAGGCUGCGGAUGUGAAGAUUGUGCAGGAGGAAGAGAUGGUUAAGAUAACAGGGAUGAGAACAGAGGAAAGGAGGAUGAAUAUAGAGGAAGGAGAAGAAAGAAAAGGGCACAGAAUGGCCGACGAGAAAAAGACAGUCAAUAGUAUUGGGGAGGAAAAAGGAAUUGUCUGUGAAGAAAUUGAGAAAAGAUGGCAAAAGGAAGAGGAAAAACAUGAUUUUAAACAUGAAAGGACAGGGACAGGAGAAGAAGAGAUUAAAGGACAACAUGAAAGGGCUAGGAUAAUGGUGAACAGAACUGUGGAACAAAGAAAUAAAAGAGAGGAGGAAGAAGAAGAAUCGAAAUGGUUAGUGAAGGAACAGGGGAGACAAGAAAAACUAGAGAGGAGGAAAACUGAAGAGGAAGAGAUGAUUAAAAGAGAGGUACAAGAAAGGAAUAGGAUGCAGGAGGAGAGAGCUGAAGAAGAGAGAAAAAAGAGAAAAGCAAAAGAGGAAGAAGAUAAGAGAUUAGCACAAGAACAGAUGGGACUAAUAGAACUAGAAAGAGGGAGGAUGGAGGACGAAGAAAAAGUAAAACGCGAUGAACAGGAAAAGAUUAGGAUGGCUCAGGAGAGAGCUGAGGAAGAGAUGAGAGAGCGAGUGAGAAAAGAGGAAGCGGAGCAGGUUAUGAAAGAAGCGGAGGAAAGGGAGAGAUUUACAGAGGAACAGAAGAGACUGGAAGAACAAGAACAUAGAAGGGUUGAAAAAAAUGAAAGAGAUAAACAGAAAUUUUCCAGGAUGGAGGAAGAGAAGGCUGAGGUGCAGAAGAAAGAGAGAGAGAGAAAAGAAGAAGAGGAAAGUAAAAAAUUAUUGGAGGAACAGAGAAAACAGGAAGAACUAGAAAGGAAGGGGUUUGAGGAAGAAGAACAAAAUAAAAGAGAGGAACGGGAAAGGAUUAGGUUGGAAGAGAAAGCGGCUGAGGAACAGAGGAACAAGAGAAAACAGGAAGAAGAAAGAAUUCGGAAGGAAGAAGAGGGACGUGAGAGAUUGACAUUGGAACAGAAGAGGCAGGAAGAGCUAGAAAGGAGGUGUAUUGAAGAAGAGAAGUUUAGAAGAGAGGAAACAGAAAAGAUCAUGACAGAGAAAAGCAGAGCAGAGGAACAGAAGAAAAAAAUAGAAGAGGAAAGGGAAAGAUUAGCAGGGAGGCAGAGCAGACAGGAAGCACCAGGCUCACCGAGAAAAUUGGAAGAACUACAAAUAAAAAGAGAGGAGGAAGAAAGAGCUGGUAAAUUUUGGAAAGAAGAUAGAACAGAAAGAGUUGAUGAAGAAGAAAGAAUGAGGGAAGAAGAGCUUUUGAGAGGGGAAAGGGCAAAGAAAUUGUCAAGAGAGGAGGAAGAGAUAUUAAAGGAGGGGAAAUUGAGAAAACAUAUAGAGGAAAAUGUAGAGAAAGGGGGGAUGGAAAACGCCAGUAGAUUCAAGGGAGCAAGGAAAGAACAGAUCGGGGGAACAGAGUACAAAAGAGAAAUCUAA